GGGCCGGGGUCGUGGGGACCGGAGCCCGGGAGGAGGGACCGGAGCCAGGGGCGGGGCUUUGGUUUCGCGGGGCUGCGUACUGAGACCCCCGGGGACAGAGACGCGCUCCCCCCCCUCCAAGCCCACGUCGCCUCGCAGCGUCCCCACGGGGAGGAGCCGGCCAACCGGAGUCACUCGGCGUCACCAAAGUUUGAUUCUCCUCCCCGGGAGGAGUCUCCAGGCCGCGGUCCCUCCGGGCACCGGGCGCCACCGCCUCCCAGGCCGGUCCCCGCGUCUCCAUCGCACGGAGUCGGAGUCUCAAGUCGGGAGACGCUGCGGGCCUGCGCACGCGCCGCCGCCGCCCUCGCCCUCUUCGCCGGGUGCUCCAGGCCCCCCCACUCCCGCCUCCCCAAGUUCACGAGUUACCGGAGUGGACGGACGGCGGGGAGCCCGCGCGGGGCCAUGGAGGAGCCGCUAGGGUCGCCGCCCGCCGCCCUGUCGGCGUUGGAGAAGAACGUGGCGGAGCUGACCGUCAUGGACGUGUACGAUAUCGCGUCGCUCGUGGGCCACGAGUUCGAGAGGGUCAUCGACCAACACGGCUGCGAGGCCAUCGCACGCCUCAUGCCCAAGGUCGUGAGGGUCCUGGAGAUCCUCGAGGUGCUGGUUAGCCGGCACCACGUCGCUCCCGAGCUGGACGAGCUGCGCCUGGAACUGGACCGGUUGCGCGUAGAGAGGAUGGACCGCAUUGAAAAAGAGCGCAAGCAUCAAAAGGAGCUGGAGUUGGUGGAGGAUGUGUGGCGGGGUGAAGCACAGGACCUCCUGUCCCAGAUUGCCCAGUUGCAGGAAGAGAAUAAGCAGCUGAUGACCAACCUCAACCACAAGGACGUGGGCUUCUCAGAGGAGGAGUUCCAGAAGCAGGAAGGCAUGUCAGAGCGCGAGCGACAGGUGAUGAAGAGGCUGAAGGAGGUGGUGGACAAGCAGAGGGAUGAGAUCCGAGCCAAAGACAGGGAGCUAGGCCUGAAGAAUGAGGACGUCGAGGCUCUGCAACAGCAGCAGACGAGGCUAAUGAAGAUCAACCAUGACCUUCGGCACAGGGUCACCGUGGUCGAGGCCCAGGGGAAGGCCCUGAUUGAGCAGAAGGUGGAGCUUGAAGCAGAUCUGCAGACCAAGGAGCAGGAGAUGGGCAGCCUGCGGGCAGAACUCGGAAAGCUUCGGGAGAGGCUGCAGGGCAAGCAGAGCCAGGACGGGGAGGAGGAGGCUGAGAUCCAGCUGCAGCCAGAUGGAGAGGAGUCCAUUUCAGACGCAGAGAAGGCUGCGCUGGACCUCAAGGAUCCCAACCGCCCGAGGUUCACGCUACAGGAGCUGCGGGAUGUACUUCACGAGAGGAACGAGCUUAAGUCCAAGGUGUUUCUGCUGCAAGAGGAACUGGCCUACUAUAAGAGUGAAGAAAUAGAAGAAGAGAAUCGAAUACCCCCGCCUCCAGCCAUCACACACCCGAGGACGUCCCCCCAGCCCGAGUCCGGGAUCAGGCGAUUUAAAGAAGGUCCUUUAAGUGACGGGUUUAGCUUUUUCUCCCGGGACAAGAAGCGUCUGGCCAACACGCAGAGACCCACACACAUCCACGAAUCCUUUGGCCAGUGGGCAAUUACCCACCGAGAUGACGGGUACACAGAGCAAGGACAGGAAGCCCUGCAGCACCUGUGACCAUACCUCUGCCUGGACUGCCUGCAACCCACUCCAGGUGGCGGGCUGCCUCAACAUCAGCUCCUCAAACGAACUGUCUGCUUUGAGGACGGAUGAUGAAAAACUGAUGCCAAAUUCUAAAGAAGUGUUUUAUUUAUCUGCAGGGUUACCCAGUUUAUACUCAAUGCCUCAAACCCCUUAGGACUUAUAUUUAAUAAGAUGAGGAUAUGAAACCAGAUCACAUUAAUUUCAGUUAACAAGCUUCCUAAGCUGAACACAUUGCCACUCUCAUAGCUGUUUGACUCCUAGGUUUCUUAUUUUGUUUUGUUUUCUUACAGCCUUUGUCAGUGAGGAGCAGUGGAAGGGAGUUUUAUAUUAUGAAGUUGUCCUGGAGGUAGCAGGCUAUGCAGGAAGUGUGAAUCGGACAGGUGGAGCCUCUAAUCAUAGGAUGGGCUACCCAAUGUGGCUGAGACACAACAGGAAAUCAUGCAGUCCUUCUAGCCACCCGGUAGAAACCACCUUGGGAUUGUUCUGCUUUGUUCCUGAUGAGGCUAGAGGCCCAAGCAGCCUGCCCGAGAUGGUGUGCCUUGGAAUCUGCUGUGAGCUACACAGUACUAACCAAACAAAGUUGUUUAGGAUGACACAUCAA